AAUGAACACAAAGACAUCUAUUCCUAUCUUCAUAUUAAAAACAUAUUAAAUGUUGGAGGUUUCUAUAAUGUAUUAUUUAAGGAUCAAAAUAAUACAAAUAUAAUUAGUUGGACUACUUAAGGCACUGCAUUUAUAGUUUACAAUUAAAUUUUGUUAGAGAAAGAAGUCUUAUAGAAUUUCUUUAAGCAUAGUAAUUAUUCAAGUUUUGUAAGGUAAAAAUAUAAGAGAUACAUUUGUAGAUAAUUGAAUUUAUAUAAUUUUAAAAAAGUAAAAUCAAAUGAAGGUUAGAUAUUUAAGCAUAAAUGCUUCCGCAAAGGCAUGAAGUAAAUAAAGUUUGUUAAUUAAGAUCAAUGUUAUAAUUUAUCAAAAGAAAAAAUUAAGAUGAUUCGGUUGGGUCUAAUAAUAUAGGUUCAGAAGAACCGAGUAUUUUAGUUAUAUAUUAUAAAUAUAGCCAUCCACAUAAAAGAGGAAUAAAAUUUAUUUAAAGACUGUGCCAUUGAUAUCAAAGAAACAAACAAUAAAUUAAAAGAGGAUAUGAAAUUAUUAUAAGAAACAUCUUCAUAUUUAAUUGAUUAAAUGCAAAAUCUAAAUCAUGUAUUUAUUAAAUAACACACUAUAGUUUGUAUAUAACUAAAGUGUCGAUAUAGAAGUAAAGUUCAAAUAAGUUGGAUAAAUGUUACAUGCAAUCAAUGAAGAACUUAAGUAAGAAAGUAAAAUUUUAAUAUAAUAAAUAUUAGAUAAAAGUGAAACUUUAGCCAAUAAAUUUUUAGAUAAAAAAGAAGAAUCAUUUUAAGAAUCAAAGGUUGGCUCUCCUAAUCCAUAUGUAGAUUAUAAUAGCACAGCACUAAAUCCAUUAGAUUAUGAAUAUUUUAUAGACUCAUUUUUAUGA